AUGGAGGUAGGAAUUUUACGUUAUGUAGGGCGCCUGACGGUCUUACUGGGCCUUGUCGCUUGUCUGAUCGGUACCGUUCCUCAACGCGGCUCCUGCGAUGUUUUUGGUGCCUCAUUGCGAGGCCGCAACGCGCUGGCUUCUUUGUUUUGGAGAGUCCGAAAUGCGCCGUUUGCAGAAAGUGUCGUCGCAAAGUAUAGCGUCUUCACGUCAGACGACACAGAGGCGCUCACCUCGUUAGUCGAGAAGGUAAACAUGCUGGGUAUUGGGAUUCAGUUUUUUUGCGAGUAUAUAUCGUCCCUCAACAAAUCUCAACGCGCCUAUGUGUGGGGAGUCGCCGAGAGCACCGACGCAGCACAAAGCUUUGUCAACAAAUACUACAAGGCUCAAGACUUGGUUGGCAAAGGCAUGGCUUCUGGAGAUAUUCUCUACCGCAUUCAGUAUGUGCUGAACGGGUAUACAGCUCUGCCCGUUUUGGAGGGCUACUCCAGGUUUAUGGCCGACCAGUUCAGCAACUUUAGAAAGGGCUUUCUUAUUUUUUGUAGUGAUGUGUCCGAUGCUCUGCUGAAGCAUGAAACGCGGCGUUUAUAUCGGAUUUUUAGAGACGGCCUUCCACUCCUGACAACAUGCCUCAAGACACUCCUUACACUGUCAACUCGGACGACGGACCGGGAGGUUCGCGAAGCCAGAGUGAUAGUGGCUAGAGGGAUUGAUAAGCUCUUCCAGCUUGAUAGUACGCUGCUUGCUCUUUCCCCUAAUGCGCCACGAGAACUUACUGAAGCACGCCGUACUCUCAUGGCGCAUGGACUGCGAUAUGCCACGGACGCGCGACAGGGGAGUGGGACUGUGAGCGGUGUACCGUCGUCAGGACGUGUGAAUGACAGCGAAGGUACCGCGGACGCAGUAGUUGGUGACAUGGCGAGCUAA